GACGCGAGAGCCGCCUCCGAGGGCGCCGUCCCCGGGCCUCGACGAAGCCCGCCACCCCCUCCGCGAGAGCCUCCAGCAGAUGAUUGAGACUGAUCGUCUUCGCCAGAGCGCCCGGGGGGACUACGUGACGCCGCGGGGUGGCGUGUUUCGGCGCGGCGACGGGAAACUGCCUGGAGGAAUGCCGAACUACCAAGCGUCCGGACCCAACACGCCAGCCUCGUCCAGGUCCAGUUCCAGCGGCCUCCAGUUGCCCCUGCCGCCGGGGCCUCCUCCAUCACCCCUGUCUUCGGCGUCUCUGGAGUCUCUGGUGUCCGCUGCGUCUUCGAUGCCCCUACCGCCCAUGCCGUCCCCGGACGUCGAGACGUGGGAGUCUGAUGGUGAGACGCCGCCCUCAGCUUGCCGCCGCCGCCACUUUUAUGUCCCCUCCCUAGCUGUAACGUAG